CAGGACUUUUGUGGGGGAGAAGCUUGGCGUCAUGGGUAUUUCCCGUGACUCUCUCCAUAAGAGGCGCCUGACAGGCGGCAAGCAAAAGACAUGGCGCAAGAAGAGGAAAUUCGAAUUGGGACGUCAGCCUGCAAACACAAAGCUGUCAUCUAAUGUGACGGUGAGGAGGGUGCGAGUUCGUGGAGGAAACUUCAAGUUCCGCGCUCUGCGCCUGGACUCUGGCAACUUCUCCUGGGGCUCAGAGGCUGUGACCAGGAAGACUCGUGUCUUGGACGUCGUGUACAACGCCUCCAACAACGAGCUGGUGCGGACGCAGACGCUGGUGAAGAGCGCGAUCGUGCAGGUGGACGCGACGCCCUUCAAGCAGUUCUACACGCAGCACUACGGCGUGGAAGCCGGCCUCAAGAAGAAGUCCGGCGCUGCGGCCGCGGCUGAGGAGGAGAAGAAGGCGGGUGAGGAGGCCAAGAAGACCUCCAACCACGUCGACCGCAAGCUGAAGCUGCGCAACCAGAACCACAAGCUCGACGAGGUGUUGGACGCCCAGUUUGCUGGCGGUCGGCUGCUGGCAGCCAUCUCUUCGCGGCCGGGGCAGUGUGGCCGUGUCGACGGCUACAUCCUGGAGGGCAAGGAGCUGGAGUUCUACCAGCGCAAGCUGCAGAAGAAGAAGUCCAAGUAG